AACGCCAUCGGCAGCGUUCGGGCGGAGCGAGUCGCCAGACGGGAACAAUGAUGUCGGAGCAGGAGGCUCUGAAGAGCUCCAGCGCCAGGAACCGCGGAGGAGUGCAGCGUGUGGAGGGCAAGCUGCGCGCCAGCGUGGAGAGGGGGGAUUACUACGAGGCCCACCAGAUGUACCGCACUUUAUUCUUCAGGUAUAUGUCGCAGUCAAAGCAUGCAGAAGCCAGAGAACUGAUGUACAACGGAGCACUGCUUUUCUUCAGUUAUAACCAGCAAAACAGUGCAGCGGAUCUCUCUAUGCUGGUGCUCGAGGUGUUGGAGAAGUCUGAAGCCAAGGUUGAAGAGGACAUAUUAGAAUCUGUUUCUCUAGAGAAUUUGGUUAAGAUGUUUAGCCUGAUGGACCCGAACUCACCUGAGCGGGUGGUGUUUGUCUCCCGGGCGCUCAAGUGGUCCACGGGGGGCUCAGGGAAGCUGGGUCACCCCAGACUGCACCAGCUACUGGCAGUCAUACUGUGGAAAGAGCAGAACUACAGCGAGUCGCGCUACCACUUCCUCCACUCCUCAGAUGGGGAGGGCUGUGCGCAGAUGCUGGUGGAGUACUCGGCAGCCCGCGGCUUCCGCGCCGAGGUCGACAUGUUCGUCGCUCAGGCCGUGUUACAGUUCCUCUGUCUGAAGAACAAGAGCAGCGCGUUAGUGGUCUUCACCACGUACACGCAGAAGCACCCAUCCAUAGAGAAAGGCCCUCCGUUCGUACAGCCUCUGCUCAACUUCCUCUGGUUCCUGCUCUUAGCAGUGGAAGGAGGGAAGCUGGCAGUCUUUACAGUGUUAUGUGAACAAUAUCAGCCGUCGCUGAAAAGGGAUCCCAUGUAUAAUGAGUACUUGGACAGGAUAGGACAGCUGUUCUUCGGAGUGCCACCAAAACAGUCCUCCUCAUACGGUGGCCUGCUAGGGAACCUUUUGAACAGUCUGAUGGGUUCGGGUGAGGACGAGGAGGGAGAGGAGGCUCACGAGGACAGCAGUCCCAUCGAGCUGGACUGAAACUGUCUGACACGCAGAACCAACUUCACAACCCCCUCCACGCUCAACAAGACACCAUACCAGAGUCCUCGUCAACACCAAAACAAAAAGAGGGCGCAAAAAAACCCCCAACACAACCUUCAUUCUCAGCCCACUCGGGACUGAAGCGAACGAUGGAAUGCGUUUCCUUUCAGGCAGAUGGGGGCACCCUGGAGUGAGCCAUCACUUCUCUCCACAUUUUAGUUCGUUUUCCCGAUUUGUUGUUGGUUUUGUUUCUCCCCUCACUACUUGUAGUUCUAAGUUGAGGUGGCUUCAUCAGUCAUCCUGGAGCACUUUGCUUCUGCUCCUGUCGAACCAUUAAUAAAAAUGUAAUGGGAGGACCCAGAAAAACCCCUCACAUUUUAAGACAUGUAUUUCAGUCAUAAUCACAGCAACACUCUGACUGCACCCCUACUCAGUUUUGUGGUUGAGAGUUCCUUGUUUGCAAGGGCACCCAAGCCAGAAUCGUUCCUAAACAGCCACAGACCGUCGAGGGUGUUAAUUAUAUUGAAGGUGAAUUACUUAAACCCCUUAAAAAUGCUCAUGUGCUUUGAUGUGUCUCAGUAUACUAGACAAAGUUUGGGAGCAGCGUGGCUGUGCAUGUCUGUGUCUGUCUUACCAGAGCGGUAUUUACUGUCUUUUAGGUUUGGAAUUUACUUUGCCACUAUUCCUGUUUUUACCACCCACACAUGUCUGAGUAGGCGUGGGAUAUCAAAACUGCAGCUUGCUGUCCUUAGUAUGCUGGUCAUCUUAACAGUCAUAAGCAGGUGCAUAUAUAUAAAGUUUUGUUUGUUUUUCGUCUGCUGAUUUUUGGAAAAGCUCAAUAAACAAGACACAAAUAGGAACAGUUUUUAAAAAAAAAAGGUUUUCUCUGUCCACAGAGUGAGCAUUCUGGUGUGUGGACUGAUGUGCGAUUUUGAUUGAUUAUAACUGCUGUCUGGUUUAGGGAAAAAAUAUCAACUGCCACUUCAGCUGUAUUAAUAAAGACCAACCCUUCUCCCCCCUCUAA